AUGAGUGUGGCAGGUUACUGUAAAUGUCGUAUUCAAUUCGUUCCAACGGAUGAACAACGUCCAGAAGUUAAUUAUUCAGAUAGAUCAUUCAUUGAAUUGAGACAAUUGGAUUUCGCUAAGUAUUCAUUGCGUGGUAUUGAUGUGGACAAUAAUAAAACAGAGAUCUUCAACAUUCCAUUCGAAAAAGGAGACCAAUAUAAACGUGGAAGAACAGCUGAUCAACCAGAUGCAAUUCGUAGUAGCGUUGGAGUCUUCUUUUUAAAUCUAAAUGCUGCUGGGCGAGAUUCGUUUUACGGAGUAUUAGAGACAUGUGUUGCCGAAUUAGAACUAUGUGCUGAACAUACGCCUGAGCCUCCGCCUAAUGAUACAAUAAACCCAAGCCCACUGAAGGAUGCUAUCCAAGUAAAGUCAGUGGUACCUAACGAUGAAAAUGAUAUUUUGGUUGAUGUUUAUAAAUUGGGUCAAUGCAUUAGACAAGGUGAUACUGAUGGAGCUGCUGUUCUCAGUAAAAAGCUAGCUCAUAUACGCGCUCCACUUGCAGUUAAUUCAUUUAAACAAUCGAAAGAACAACCGACGAUCAAAAUUAUAAUCAAAAUCGAUAGUACCGAUGAAAGAAUCAAUAAUCAAUAUAAGGAUUUCUCCAUGAAUGUUUAUCCGUCAACAACAGUUCAUGAAUUACGUACUGCGUUAGAAUAUUCUAAACAUAACCUACCAACGAAUCAAAGUCUUUUUGUUAAUGGACAUUUAGCUCAUGAUAAAAUGACUAUGCACGAGUUAAACAUUCAAACAAAUUCACUUUUUGUUCUUUUUAUAAUUCCGUCAUGGUGA